CGAGCGACGAAUCGAGUCGCGACUCCGAAGUUGCUCCGAGAGAGCACAUUGGCCCCGGGAGCUCCAUACAGCCCCGGGAGGAGAAGCAGGAACCAGUGGUGGUUCGGCCAUAUCCACAGGUUCAGAUGCUGACACAGCACCACCCUGUCCAGUCUGGUGCCCCAGUGACAGUGACAGCACCACCAGGACAUUUGACUCCAGCUGUGCCACUUUCCUUUUCAGAGGGACUUAUGAAGCCUCCCUUGAAGCCCACCAUGCCCAGCAGGCCCAUUGCUCCUGCUCCACCCUCUACUCUCUCAGCUCCCACAAAGGUCCCUGGGCAAGUGACUGUCACCAUGGAAAGCAACAUACCCCAGGCUCCAACUAUUCCUGUGGCAACAAUCAGUGGGCAACAGGGGCAUCCCAGUAACUUGCAUCAUAUCAUGGCCACCAACGUGCAGAUGUCCAUCAUCAGGAGCAGUGCUCCUGGGCCUCCACUGCACAUUGGAGCUUCUCACCUACCCAGAGGUGCAGCAGCUGCUGCAGUGAUGUCCAGUUCUAAAGUGACUACAGUCCUGAGACCAGCUUCCCAGUUGCCAAAUGCAGCCACAGCUCAGCCAGCAGUUCAACACAUCAUUCACCAGCCAAUCCAGUCUCGUCCUCCUGUGACAACUUCGAGCACGAUUCCUCCUGCAGUGGUGGCAACUGUCUCAGCCACGAGAGCUCAGUCCCCUGUUAUAACCACAACAGCAGCACAUGCCACAGAGUCAACCCUCAGUCGGCCCACGCUGUCCAUCCAGCAGCACCCGCCGUCUGCCGCCAUCAGCAUCCAGCGGCCCGCGCAGCCCCGGGACAGCGCCACGCGCAUCACGCUGCCCUCACACCCGGCCAUGGGCACACAGAAGCCUCAGCUCCACACCAUGGCUCAGAAAACCAUUUUCAGUACUGGUACUCCAGUGGCAGCAGCAACUGUGGCACCUAUUUUGGCAACAAACACCAUUGCUUCAGCAACCACAGCAAGUUCUGUAUCUCACACCCAAGCGCCUACAAGCACCAUUGUUACCAUGACAAUGCCCUCACAUUCUUCCCAUGCUACAGCUGUCACGACCUCAAACAUCCCAGUUGCUAAAGUUGUUCCCCAGCAAAUCACCCACACUUCUCCCCGGAUCCAGUCUGAUUACACAGCAGAGAGAAGUAACCUCAUACCUCUCUCCAGCCACAGGGCAUCUCCAAACCCAGUCGCCAUGGAAACCAGGAAUGACAACAGGCAGUCGGUGCCUGUCCAGUUCCAGUAUUUCUUGCCUACAUACCCCCCCUCUGCCUAUCCUCUGACUGCACACACCUACACCCCCAUCACCAGCUCCGUGUCCACCAUCCGCCAGUACCCAGUUUCAGCCCAGGCACCCAACUCGGCCAUCACGGCUCAGACCGGCGUGGGAGUGGCCUCCACGGUGCACCUCAACCCCAUGCAGCUGAUGACGGUGGACGCGUCUCACGCGCGGCACAUCCAGGGCAUCCAGCCCGCGCCCCUCGGCGCCCAGG